UUCUAAAAUAUGCGCCUUCCGUCUUCUAACAUAGUUUCUAUUUAUGGCCAUUAAGUUCUCGAGAGGACAGGAGAGGAGAGGAUGAGCGAUCUGAGCCGUCAGCCUUUUACCUGUUUUCAGCGAGGCCCUGAAGGCACCACGAGAAGUGUGUGUGGUUUGUGUGACAAAGGUGAGAGCUUCACAGAUCGGUCCACGAACUCUUCGUGUUCAGUCAGUUUGCUGUGUCUAAGGAGGAGGAGGUCUCUGUGUGCUCCAACAUGAGUGAAGAUAGCAGCGCUCUGCUCAGCAGGCUGCAGCAGUUGCAGUGUCACUUCACCUGGGAUCUGGACCUGGACGUGGACCUGGAAACCCUGAGCAUUCGACUACAGAUCGACAUAGAUUUUCAUCAGCGUCAGCUUGAGGGAGAGAGUUGCACCUACAGCCUCUUGGCUUAUGUCAGGCAUCUUAAGGAUCAACGAGAGGAAGCGCUGUCACUUUUAAACCAAUCAGAGGAGACCAUCAGGGAGAGAUACGGUGAUGAGAGUGAGAAGCGGCUGAUUGUGACGUAUGGAGACAUGGCCUGGCUGAAAUAUCAUGCUGGAGACUUUGCACAGUCACAAAGCUACUGUCAGAGAGUCGAGGACAUACUGGUGAAGUAUCCCACUGGUUCAUCAGGAAGUCUCCUCCCAGAGGUCUACGGAGAACAAGCCUGGACCUAUUUCAAGGUGUCGAGGUCUUCUCUCUCAGACGCCAUCGACUGUUUUCAUAAAGCACUUGAGGUACAGCCUCAUGACACCGAGUGGAACGCCGGCUACGCCAUCGCCCUCUUUUGCAGAGAACAGUGGUUUGCAGAAAAUAAACAGGACGGGGAGGAAUCCAAAGCCACCAAACGGCUUCGCUUUGCAUUGGAGAUCAACCCAAAUAACGCUGCUCUGCAGUGCAUGCUGGCCUUGAAGCUGGUGGCCUAUAAGAAAUACGAAGAGGCUGAUGAUCGGGUGAAGAAAGCACUAGAAAAUGAUCCUGAUAACCCUCAUGUCAUUCGCCACUCAGGAAAUUACUUACUUAAUCGGAAUCGACUGGAUGAGGCUAUUGUUGUGUUUGAGCGAGGACUGAGAAGGGGCGAUCAAUUACCUUCCUUCACCUACCAGCUGGCUCUGUGCUACAAGCAGAAGAAAAUUGCUGAACAGCGCCGCGGGCCCUUCAGCAACACAGAAGAGGAGGGUAAGUGGAGGCGUUGCUGUAUUAGUCACCUUGAAGAAGCUGUGGAGAUGAAACCAUCCUUUGUCCGGGCGUGCGCUGAACUGGCACUGUUGUACGCAGAGGAAGGGGAUUUGAGCAGGGCUGAGGAGACUUUCAAGCACUGCUUGGAGAAGUUACCAGAGUUGAAGGAGAAAAGGGUUUGUCUGAUUAUCCAUCAGUACUACGGUGACUUUCUUCAUUAUCACAUAAAAAACGAGGCUCAAGCCAUCGCUCACUAUAAAGAGGGGCUGCUGAUACCACUGAAAAAAUAUGAGUGGAGACAGUGCGCUCAGGAACUGAAGCAGAUCGCUGACAGGCGUCUGAAAAAGAAUCCAGGUGAUGGUGAAGCUCUCGCUCUGCUGGGUCAGGUGGCCAGAGCUGAGGGCGAAGAGAGCUGCUGAGUUUUAUGAGAAAGCUCUGAACUAUGACAAGGACAACGAAGAUUACCUGUCCGCUCUGUGCGAGCUGCACCUGGAGCUGCAGGGAUCAUCCUCUGAUUAAUCAGGAUCACUGCAAAAACUGGCUAUAACUAACUUACAAUCUUACAAGGAGCCAAAAGUAUUUUAAUUUUGUUUUGGGAGUGACACACUCAGAGAGAGCAGGAUGGAAUUAGUCUUUUACAAUAUGUAUUUUAUCUCUUAGCUUUUAAAUCCUAAAAUGAGUUAUUUAAUUGCAUAUUAGGUUAAUCGAUAUCACCAAGGCACUGAGAUGAUGCACUUGUGAAUGUGAUCGUGUGUGGUGUAAAUGCUUUGUCUUGGUCCUUUAAUAAAAUUCUUGCUCAGUUGCUCUUGUUUUAAGAUAUUUUCCCUUAAAGUGAGAAAGAAGUAGAGACAUUUUCAGUUUACUUGACAUAAUUUCUGAUGAUUUCUCACUUCAAUAAAUGCAAGACGUUGGAAGUAAUGAUGUAGAAAUACUUAGUGUAACAGUGUUUAUGCAUAUUAAACAGUAACAUGAGUACUUCCAUACUCUCUCACACAGUUUUCCUCCUACUGAUUAAAAAUGGCAACUUUGAUGUGUUUAUAUGAUCACAGAACAAAACAUUUCUGGGGAGUUUUUGAUGAUGUGUGGAGCAGUGAAGUUGUGGAUUCUACUGUAAAUUUGAGCUACAGAUUUAAUUGAAAACAUGUCAGUAUAACAGACAGUGAGUUGUCUGUAUGAACCUUAUAACUGAUGUUAGAUAUAAAUAAUUUAAAAUAAAGUUCAUGGUAGCUAAAACAUGAUCAGCUGGUGCUCUUUGAGUGUGCUGUUAGGGGCGGGUUGAACUUCUCCAACAUUUCUACUUCAGACUUUGUUGUUUUUCUGCUCUUCGGUUUGAGCUGAACCACUUUGACCCUGUUGCUGUGUCCGUGUAUCAUCUGGAUAAAUUUCUAGUUGGCACAGAUUUCCAUUCAAAGUGCUGACUGCCAAACUUUUAUCCGUGCCUGGUUUUUAUCCAGAGGAAAAGUGUUCCCGGUUGCUCCUACCUUCCUCUGUCAGCAUGACUGCUUCACUUUCAGUCAGAGGUUAGCCACUUUCAUUGGAAUCUGGAAACACAGAUAAGACAGGAAAGACAAUAAAAUGGAAGAAAUUAAAUAUGGAGUGAAACAUUUGUGGUUCUGUUCCAGCAAACAAAGAAUUUCCUCUUUAAGAAGACUUAACGUGUUAUGAAGAGAAUCAAGCUGAACUCCAUAUAAUGCAGCUGCUGACUGUUUACUGACCAACAGGAACAGUGCCUCACUUCACUUGUGCUUGCCAUCAUCUCUAUAUGCAGUAAAAGAUAAUGCAUGUGUAAUUUUUUAUUUUUGGUUAUAUAUCUUGGAGAAAAAUUGUCAAGUGUUGCACAGUUUUUAAGAGAAUUGUAUUUAAAAAACAAGAACGACAUGUUCUGAUAUCACAGGUUUAGGACUGGAGACAUCAGAGGGUAAAAAUAGCUGCUGAUAAUUUACUGUCAAAGUUCAAGAGGAUGCACGUAAGAAAACUAACCUUUAUGAUAAAAAAGAAAGUUAGGAGAACUCAAAUUAAAGUUUAAGUGAAGAAAUUUAUAGACAACACUUUCUUUUUUUAUUCUAAACAUGUUUUUUUUCUGUAGAACAUAAUUAAUGAUGAUUAAUUUAUGAGAAUAAG